AUGAAUAAGGGAGCACGCCAUAGAGAAGUGCGAAUCCUGGAUGCAAGAAUGGGAGAAGAGACAAAACUUCGCAUAGUGAUGCUGCCGUGGUUGGCACAAGGUCAUAUUAAUCUUUCCAUAAAUCUUUCCAAGGCCUUGGCAAGCCAUGGGGACGUAAAAGUCUGGAUCGUAUCAAUCCCUGUCAAUAUAUCCCGAAUCAGAUCUCGCUUGCAGGAGGAACCCAUCCACCUGUUGGAGUUGCCAUUGCCCUCUGUCGACGGACUUCCCCCUGGCGUCGAAUGCACAGCAGACAUAAAACCAGAAUCAGCCCAUCUCCUUCACAGGGCAUUCGAUCAACUGGACAAGCCGUUUGAGAGUCUUUUACGGCGACUUUCGCCAAAUGGGCCAGCCGCACACUAA